CGUUAGCAAAAAAAAAUGAUUUCUGUAUAUCUAGUAGUUUUUUUGACCGUUUAUCAAACGAGUGCAUUCAACGCUAAUAAUGUGAUUCGAAACACCGAACUUGAGUUCGCCUUCUUGACUCAUCGCCAUGGAGACAGGACGCCGGUGCCGUCAGGCCUGCCAGUGGCAAUGUCCGAAAAAAUGCUGGACCUUAUUACACCGUGGGGUUAUGGACAACUCACUGAUGCUGGCAAAAGAACUGGCUACAAGACGGGUGAAUUUAUUCGUCGAAGAUACGGCGAGUUGCUUUCUCCAAAAUAUAACAACUCCGAAAUCUACAUCCGAUCUACAGACUCUAAGAGAACACAAAUGACAGUAUUGACUGCCAUGGCCGCGGUCUACCCAGCUACUGUUAACAAUUGGAGUGAAAACAUUAACUGGGACCCUGUACCUUACACUACAGUACCCGCUAAGUACGAUUUUAAUACCGCGUUUGUAAACUGCCCGAAAUUGACAUCAUACUCAAAUGCCGCCUUUGUCCAGCCAUCUCCAAGGAUGGAUAAGUAUUCAGGUGUUCUUGCUAAAGUAUCCGAUGCUUUGGGUUUUGACUUUACUAAGGUGCCCAAUCUUGCGUACGCCAUUUACGAUUUGUUAGUUAGCGAGCGUAACCUAGGUUUUGAUAUAGGCAAAGAAUUGACAGAAUUAAUGCCUGAACUCCGAUUGGCUGCAAAUGAAGCCAUGGACGUAAUAUAUGGUAACGAUGACUACAUUGCCUUACAAGCUGGUGUGCUUUUAAACGAAUUCUUCAAAUACGCUAAACAAAUUACCAACGGUACAAACGCCCAGCGAGUUCGUGUGUACUCCGCUCACGAUAUCAACGUCUAUUCUUUAGAAUCUGUGUCCCAAGUGAAGCAUAGACAGGGAGUCCCGGAGUUCGGCUCCGUAUUCUCUUUGGAGCUGAGAAGGAUGGUUAAGACUGGUGAAUAUGUUGUUGUGCCCGUGUACCUUCCAUCGCCGUACGAGACAGAAAUCUAUCUUCCCGUAAAAAACUGCGGUCUUCCCUGUGGUCUAGACAAAUUCCUUGAGAUCACCUCAAAAUAUCUUCUCGACGUUGAUACUUGGCGUACAAAAUGUGGAUUCACUGACGACAUAGUCAUUGAUUCUGGGAGCAUAGAUUAAUUGUUGAACUUGGCUUUCGCACUGCUUUGAAUUAAAUUACAUUUUC